UUUUGAAAUUUGAAUUUUCGUUGACAUUCUUUGCCGGGAAACGUAAAUUAUUUCUAUAUAUAAAUAUUGUAAAUGUAAUGUAAAUUAAAGUAUUAAAAUCUAUAAAGUACGUACGAAUGAAAUAUUUCGGACUCUUAACAUGGGUAUAAAAGGUUUAUGGACUGUGUUAUCACCAUAUAGUGAGAAGAAAUCAUUACACGAAAUUAGAGGAGAAACUGUUGCCAUAGAUUUGUCUGGUUGGGUUUGUGACAGUCAAAAUGUAACAGAAUAUCAUGUCCAACCAAAGUUAUACCUCAGAAAUCUAUUCUUCCGAACAGUGUACUUGGUACUGGCUGAUAUAAAUCCAGUGUUUGUGCUUGAAGGAGAUGCUCCAGAGUUGAAAAGAGAUGUGAUGGCGGCACGGAAUGCUAUACAGUUCCGUGGUGCUGCACCUAAAACUGGCAGCGGGACAAAUAAACCAAGUGUCACUAGGAAUCGGUUCAAAGGUGUUCUUAGAGAAUGUGAAAAUCUGCUCAAGUCUAUGGGUGUUCAGUGUAUCAAAGGCAGUGGUGAAGCAGAGGCAACAUGUGCUAUGUUGAAUUCACAAGGUUGUCGGUGCUGUAUGCAGCUGGUAGACGCGGUGAUAUCUCAAGAUUCGGACUGUUUCGCGUACGGGGCGCGGCGCGUGUACCGCAACUUCAGCGUGUCGACCGCCGCCGGCGCCGGCGCCAUGCAGGGCUCCGUCGACUGCUACGACGCUGCUUACAUGUACGAGUCCAAUGGCUUUGGUCGAAAUAAGAUGGUAGCCCUGGCGCUGCUCUGCGGCAGUGACUACAAUGUGGGGGCAUGUGGCUCGUCUAUAAACACCGCCGUACAGUUCCUGCACACAGUUCCUGAGAGCGAUAUAAUACCCAGACUGUUGUCGUGGGUUCUCGAUCCCGCGCAGUUCGAGGAGCGGUCGCGGUGGGCGUCCGCGCCGGGGCGCUGCGACCGCUGCGGACACGUGGGACGCACGCAUCUCAGGAACGGAUGUCCUGUCUGCGCCACACAUCGCGGCUGUACUGAUCUCGGUCACAAAUCAAAAGUAGCAGAAGUAAAGCGGGAACUGUCGCUUCGCAGUCGAGCCUUAUCGUGCGGCAUCCCAUUCCCCGAACCUAAAGUUAUGAAAGAGUUUUUGCAUUCAACCGAGGAAAAAAUCGACAUCGAUAGUUUGAAAAGACCAGUUCCUAGCUUGAUUCAAUUUACGAAACUUAUGAAAGGUAAAUUGGACUGGUCGGAGAGAUAUUGCGUGGAGAAGUUUCUACCUGUGCUCACCAAGUGGCAUCUCCAGGAAAACGUGCCGUCUAGAACAAUCAAGCCAAUUACUAUUAAGAAAAAGAGAAAUCCGAGAGGAGUGCCAAGUUAUGAGGUGUUAUGGGGUGACAUUGACGGUUCCUACGAUGCACUUAUUCCAGAUGAUCAAUUUGACGACAAUGAAGACCCAUCCAUGGCGUGGUUUACAACAGAAAGACAAGAUUUAAUGCGUCAAUAUUAUCCAGAUGUAGUAGAAGCUUAUGAAGAAUCUAUAAAAAAACCUGUUAAAGAGAAGAGACCCAGAAAACAAAAGGAAACCAAUGAAGAUAAUAAAGGAAAACCCAAACGAAAAACUAAAAAACCGAGUAAACUUGUGAAUGUAAAUAAAUCUCAUAAAUCGUUAAGAAACAACUCGGCGGUGCUUAAUACAAGUGUCAGCAUAAAUAAGUUAAAAAGAAAAAUUAAAAGUAAAAAGAAAGGUAAUCAAAAAACUAUAGAUAGUUUCAUAGCGCGUAAGAAAAGAAAAUCUAAACAUUCCACCAGUAACUUACGUUCCUUAAGGUGUAGUUUUAAAAAUAUGGGCUUAGGCAGUGAUGUUGAUCAACAAACAGAUGAAAAAGAAAACAAUAAUGUUAAUAAACACUUACUGAGCAUGCUCAACGAUACUGGGGGAGACGUUAAUGAAAGUGACUUAUCCGCUAUAAUUGAUGAUAUUGUCAGUAGACAACCGAUAACAAAGACUGCAAAGGUGGAUAACAAGUUAGUUAAGUUAGUAUUCGAUAAAUAUUCAACACCAAAAAAGUCGACCCUACGUAAAUCGAUGUUGAAUAAAGUUAACAAUCAUUGUUCGACUCCGAAAGAUAGCCCCAUUAGGAAGCAUAGUUUCCGAUUCAGUACAAAUAGUUUCAAUAAGUCAUUAAAUUCGAAAGUGAACACUAGUUAUUUCUUUGAAAAAAUUACAGACGAUCGAGAUGCUUUUGAAAUAUCUCUUGAAUACAAACACAAAAGUGCCGUAAUUUUAGAUUCUAAUUUGACAGAUUUAAGUUUACCUGACGUGCAAUUAUGAUUAUAUGAAGGUUAAAAAAUAAAUACUGUAUCUCACA